CCUUCUUAUGACAACGAAAUAAACAUGUUGCAACAAGGCUGAACUCGUUCCAGUCCGUGCAAAAUGCAAUUCACAAGUGGAUAUACUAGCUCACUGGCUGCUCGCGCUGGCGCGUUUGGGCGUGUACGGGUGUCCCAUCGGUGCUUCAAGAAUGUCCAGCUUACCUCGAGGCGUGCUUCGUGGCUCGCCGGUGCUACGCCAGCAGGCGAAGCGCCGGCGAGGAUAGAAGGCCCAGCGACUGCUGACAGCGCGGCAGCGGAAGGCUCAGAUGAGGAUCUUGAUGAAAAGGAGAAGCUGCGCCGCUCGCGCAUUAGCCAGGCGAACAGCGGCCGGACGCCGUGGAACAAGGGGCGGAAGCACUCGCCAGAGACGCUCGCUAAGAUCCGUGAGCGAACAAAGGAGGCCAUGAACCGCAAGGAGGUGAUGGAAAAGGUUAAGGCGGGCCAACAACAGUGGAUGGAGAAGGCGAAGCAGCUGUCAUCGGAGGAGGCUGCUGUCGCUGCGCAGAAGCGGGAGCGCACGCGCCUCAGUCUGCUGCAGCACCAUGCCGCCCGCAAGCAGGCGCGCGAGGAGGAGCUGGCGUCGAACACGGAGCUGGCGGCUGAGGUGGAGGCCAAGGCCGCCCAGCGCAGGGCGGAGCGCGCCGCCACUGCGGCCGCCAAGCGCCAGGCUGUGCGGGACGCCGCCAUGGCCGAGUACCAGGCGGCGCUGGCGGCGGCGCGGGAGCAGGGCCUGGAGCCGCCCAAGCCCAGCGGCAUGGUGGCACACAUGCUGCGGCAGGCGCGAGCCGCAGAGCUGGGCACAGAGGGCGCGGCCGCUGCGGCUGGCACCAGGAAGCGGGCGCCGCGGGCCAAGUCCCCAGCCGGAGAGGCGCAGCAGCAGGGGCAGGAGCAGCAACCGACGCAGCCGGCGGAGCCGCGGCCGCGCGGCCCGCGUGUGGGCGGCACGCGCUCUCCGGAGCACCGCGCCGCCAUCGCGGAGGCCAUUCGGCGCAAGUGGCAGGACCCCGAGUACCGGGCCAACACCGUGGCCAGCAUCCGCCGCUCCAUUACCGCCGGCGUCGACGGCGAGGGCCGGCCGCGCCGUCGCAGCGGCGCCAGCAGCGACGGCGAGGGCAGCGCCGCCAACACGCGCGCGCCCAGCAGCUCGGCCGCGCGGCGGACCACGUCGCGAGCCUCCGCCGCCUAUAGCGAGGGGGACGCCAGCCGGAUGGCCGAGGCCAAGGCCAUGCGGGACCCGUCAACGGUGCGCAGCACGCGCAGCAGCCGCGGCGGCGGCCGGCACCUGCCCGACGUGCCGCCGGAGGCAGCAGCUGCGGCGGCCGGGAAGGAUGGCGGCAAGGACGCGAAGGGCGGCGCAGGGGCCGGGAAGGCGGGCGGCGCAGCGGCGGGCACCACCCGGCGGCGGCGGACGAAGGCGGCGGGCGAGGGCGGCGGCGAGGACAAUGGCGCCCCUGGCAAGAGCCCUGACGCGGCCCGGCUGGAGCUGGUGCGCAAGCUGGUUGGCCAGGUGCUGACGGCGGAGCGGCUGGUGGCCAACACAGAGAACCUCAUGGCCCAGUUCCAGGCGCGGCAACACGCGCUGCGCAACGACCCGCUGGUGCGCCGCCAGGCCGAUGCGCACCUGGCCUCGGUGGCCGCCACGCUGCAGCAGGCGCGGGCCAAGCUGGACGCGCUACGCAGCAAGAUCCCGCGCGAUGCCCGCUACAACGCCAACGGCGACGUAUGGUUCGUCGCCACGCCCGCUGGCGGUAGCAGCAGCAGCGGCAAUGCGUGGCCGGGCUCGCGCGACGCGCUGGGUGCCAGCGGGCUGGCGGGCGGGCACGUGCACGACGGCGAUGUGUGGGUGGGUGUGGGCGGCCGCUCGCGAGACGCCGCGGAGGGUUUCUCCAGUGAUGAGGACGAUGAGGAGGAGGACAGUGCCGACGAGGGCGGGGGCUGGCGGGGGCUGGGCGGCGCGGCACCGCCGGCGGAGGGCAGCUGGAGCCGGUCUUUCCUGGACGUUUUUGAUGAGGGGCCUGGGUCGCCGGGGGCGGCUGGCGGCGAUGCGCUGGACGUGGAGGCGCAGUGGGUGGACCGGGCAGAGGGCUACGGCGCCGCCAGCAGCAGCGGCAGCAGCAGCAGCCAUGGCGCGGGCGGCAGUAGCAGCAAUGGCAGUGGCGGCGGCCGGCGGCUGAACGGCUACGCCGACCACCACGACGCCGCCAGCCUCAACGGCAACGGCCAGCACGCGGCGGCGUCAGACUAUGAUGAGGACCAUGAUGUGUACGGCACCGGCGGCCGCUCGCCCGUGUACAGCGAUGUGGACGAAGGGGGUGAUGAUGUGAAUGGGCUGGAUGGCCCCGAACUGGCAGACGACUAUGACGACUGGGACCCGGAGCAAGGGGACCCAGAUGACUUCAUCCGCCUCAGCCGGCGGCCGCCGCCCAGCGGGCGUGAUGGAAGCGGCGGCGGCGGGGGCGACAUGGAGGACGGCUCGCCGCCGACGGGGCCUGGGUUCGGCCGGUCCCAUGCCAGCAGCGCCGGAGGCGCCGCCAGCACUAGCGGCCGGCCGUCACUAACUGGCACCGGCGGCGGCAGUCGGACGUCGGGCGCGGGCGGGCGGCGGACGGCUGUGCCCAGCAGCAGCGGCAGCAGCGGCAGCGGGGGCCCUGGCCUUGGUAGCUCGCUGGGUGCGUUCUCAGGGGUGGCCAUGCCGCCGCUGGGGGAUGAGGACAGGGUGCGAGUGGACCUGUCGGCGCUCGACCCCGGGAACAUCCUGGGGUUCGAGGCGGUGAACGGACACCACAAGCCGAAGGGCGGCGCCGAGCCGGAGCCAGAGCCGCGGGAAGGCGACGCUGGCGCGGGCGACGGGGACAUGAAUGGCGGGCGAGGCGGCGGCGGCGGCGGGGUGCUUAAGGGCGGGGGCGGUGGGGACGGCCGGUGGCCUAGCGGUGGCGUUGCGUCCUCUUCGGCAGCGGCAGAUGGUGGCACCGGGGGUGCGGCCGGUGGGGCUUCGGCAGCUGUGGUCCCGGGCCCAGGUGGUGCCAGCACACCUGUCGAUGGGUCCUCGCCGGCUGGAGGGUCACACGCCCUGGGCGACAGCAGGAGCAGCGGCAGCAGCCGCGUGGCACAAGGGCCAGCGCACCACGAGCACACCUGGAUCCAGCCGCCUGGGGACGGGUCGCUUCCUGAGCCGCUUGCGCAACUGCUGCGGGCGGCAGCGGCGUCUGCUGGCGCUCCUGUGGCCGCCGCUACCCCUGGCGGCCGCCGGCUGGCGCGUCCCACGGCGGCGGCGUCGCCUGCCUCGGCCUCUAGCUCGACUGGCGGCGACGGCACUGGCGGCAGCAACAUAGCGGUGUGGCUGAGCCACGCUGCCCCGACGGACCUGACCAGCCUAAAGGCCAUGUUGCCGGCCUCGCAUGACUGGCUGGCAAACGCUCUGGAUAAGCAGCAACAACAACAGCAACAAAGACAGCAGCAGCAAGGGGGGCUGGGCAGCAGCUCUGUGGCGGCGGCUGCGGCGCCAGGUGCAGGCGACGCGGCUGGGCAGCAAGCAGGCCAGAGGGGCCACAAUGACGCGGUGUCGGGGCUAGCGGUGGAUGGGGCGGGUCAGGGGCCCAGUGCGCGUGCGCAGCAGAACGCCACAGGAAGCGGAGCGGUUGCUGGCACAGGGGUGAAGGGCUCGCAGGGGGCUGCGGGGCCACGGGCAAGGCGGAAGACAGUGGGGCGUCAGGAGGUAGCUGGGCCGGAAGAGGCUGGCGCCGAUGACGCGGCGCUGGGGCGCUCGAAGCCGCGCGCUCGGCGGCGGGAAUUGCCGUGAGAGGAGACGGGCUGCAGGCGAGUGCUCGGAUUAGCGUUUCGUUGUACGUGUGUGUUUUGAUGGACCUGACUCGGAUGGCGGACAAAGGGCCCAGGGAAGGACGAGCAGUCUUGACAGUCGUCGCUGCACUAAUGCGUAGGUAGUUCCAAGCACAAAGAAGUGCAGAUUUCUGUAGGGUUUAAUUAGCAGGGAGCUCGGUAGCAGGCUUGCUCAACCCAGCUCGACGCCCGGGAUGGGGAGCCGCAGCCCGCGAGAAGCGGGCUGCGUGUAGCACGGACACGCAGUCAUUUCGCUCCUAUGUAUACAUAAUACGUCAGACGAUGAGCUGUAGCCGCGCCGUGAUCCAUCCUCGUGUUCAGCGGACACGCUAAGAGCUCG